AUGGCUGAAGAAAGUUCCAAAUCAAUAUACGAUUUCACAGUCAAGGAUAUUCAUGGUAACGAUGUAAAGCUGAGUGAAUACGGUGGGAAGGUUCUCCUGAUUGUAAAUGUUGCUUCCCAAUGUGGUUUAACACAAUCAAACUACAAGGAAUUAAGUGUUUUGUAUGGAAAGUACAAAAACAAAGUUUGGAGGACAAGAGCCAGGAAACAUGAGGAGAUUCAAGAAGUUGCAUGCACGAGGUUUAAAGCUGAAUUCCCAAUCUUGACAAGAGAACUGAUUGAGGUGAAUGGGAAGAAUGUGGCCCCCCUUUACAAAUUCCUGAAAUUACAGAAAGGUGGGCUCUUUGGAAAUGGCAUCAAAUGGAACUUUACCAAGUUUUUGGUUAACAAAGAAGGAAAGGUUGUGGAGAGAUAUGCUCCUGUGACAUCACCUCUUAAAAUUGAGAAAGACAUCCAGAGUCUAUUGGAAUCUUCUUGA